CGCCCGGCGCGGCCUUUGAAAGAAGCCGCAGCAGAGGCGCGAUGGUGGCGCCCGGGCUCGCCGCCGCCGCGGAAGAACGGCAGAGGAAGCUCCAAGAGUACCUAGCAGCCAAGGGGAAACUGAAAUGCCAAAACACCAAGCCUUACCUGAAAGCCAAGAAUAAUUGCCCAAAUCCACCUUCUGAAUCUGCUUUUGGACCCAAAAAGAAUGUUACCAACCAUGUUGCUUUGCCUGUCAAAGCUGCAAGACCUUUCAACACUAAACAUCAGCCCAGACCUUCCAAUAUUACAGAGUCCCAGAAGCCAAAGUUGGAACCACCAAAACCUGUGGGCAAAAGGCUGACUUUAGGAUGUGUUUCUUCUAAUCCUAACUGUAAGCUUUCUAGCAGCAAUCAACAGCAGCAUGAAGCUGGAUCAUCCACGAGUGGACAACGGUCAAGGAAAACCAUGGGAUCACUUAGUAUAACAGAAUUUAAAACUAUAAAGCAACAGAUAACAGAUCAAGGAAAUGCUAAAUUCACAGACUCUGCGGACAAUACCCAUGUUGAAAAUAAAUCCUCCGAUAGCUUUCUGAAAGAGAUGACCAAAGAGAACUUGCCCCAAACUUUAUUAGAUUCUGAGAGGAAGCCAAAUCCUGAAUUAUGGGCCAUAAAUAAGUCAAAAACUGACUCUUACAAUCCAGCCAAGAACAAUUUGCAUCCUAAACAAGCCUUGAGCAGAAAUUCAAUGAAUAGUGCUGUUCUAAAAGACAGAGUUAAUAAACAAUUUGUUGGGGAAACACAGAUCAGGGUUCCACCAAUAAAGUCACAGCAAUUCUCUAGAGAAGCAGAUCUUAUCAGACCAAGAGAAAAACCCACAAAGGUAGUUCCCUCUCACUUUGUUCAAACUAUUACUAGAACUCGAGCAUCAAAGAAACCAGUAGUCAAGGACAUAAAGAAUACAAAGAUUAAUAGGAGUAAAUAUGAAAGUACGAAUGAAACUAAGUUGAGGUCAUACACUGUUACCGAACAGAAAGUAAGACAUACCAAACCCAGGACACACCCCAGUCUGCUUCGGGAAGGAUUUAACAACAGACAUUCUAACAGUAAGCAAGAUCAGAAGUCCACACAACCUUGUUUUAAAUCUCAGACAUCAUGUGUACUGCAAAAAUCAAAAGCCAUGAGCCAAAAGCCUGAAUUGACAGUUGGCAACUUUCAUUCAAUCUUUCCAAGCACCCCUAGCAUAAGAGCAAGUGGAACCAAUGGGAAUAAAAACAAUAACAGCUAUCAACAAAAAGCACGGACUUUGGACUCCAAAUUGAAAAAAACUCUUCCCCGAAACUGUUUUUUGAGCAAGACAGCUCCAAAAACUCAAGCUGGUAACACAACCAUAUAUGGAAGGAGACUCCCAAAUGGGACCCAAGCUAAUACAAAUAUUAAAAAGAAGACCACAGCAGAGGAUCGCAGGAAACAACUGGAAGAAUGGAAGAAAUCUAAGGGGAAAAUCUAUAAACGACCACCUAUGGAACUUAAAACAAAAAGAAAAAUAAUAGAAGAAAUGAAUAUUUCAUUCUGGAAGAGCAUGGAAAAAGAGGAGGAAGAAAAGAAAGCACAACUUGAACUCUCCAAUAAAAUUAACAACACUCUGACAGAAUGUCUGCAUCUCAUUGAAAGGGGUGUACUUUCUAAUGAAAUAUUUACUGUAUUGUCCAGUAUUCCUGAGGCUGAAAAAUUUGCUAAAUUCUGGAUCUGCAAAGCAAAGUUGUUAGCAAGUAAAGGCUCCUUUGAUGUUAUUGGACUCUAUGAAGAAGCCAUUAAAAAUGGGGCAACACCAAUACAAGAGUUACGGGAAUUUGUUCUUAAUGUUUUGCAAGACCCAGACAGACCCACAGGAGGAAUUACCUCUAAUUCCUUAGUUGCUGAUACUAAUAUAACUUUAACAGAAGAGCUGGCCAAGAAGAUGGAAUCUGGAAAAUGUUGUCUUUCUCAAAAAGAAAGGGAGGAGGUUACAGCAGCACCCCAAAUAACCAAGGGAGAACAAGAUAAUCAUGCUGGCAUCAAAUUACAGGUUGCCCAAAUCCCUAGAAUUAAUGGGAUGCCGGAAGUGCAAGACAUGAAGCUUAUCACUCCUGUGCGACGUUCUGCGAGGAUCGAGCGAGCAGUGUCCCGCUAUCCAGAAAUGCUGCAAGAGCAUGACCUGGUGGUGGCUUCUCUUAAUGAGCUGUUAGAAGUGGAAGAAACAGAAUGCUUUAUAUUCCGUAAAAAUGAGGCUUUGCCCGUAACACUGGGGUUUCCAAUCCUUGAGUCAUAAUGUCUUGAAAAAAAAUUUUUUUUUUUUUAAAGAAAAGGUGUUUCUUAACCUCCAUGAGACAAGGCAUAGCUUUGUCCAGGUGACCUGGAAAACCUAUAUAAUGGAGAGGCAUCAUGGAGGCAGAUUAUGAGCUCUCAAGACUUAGAAAGUUAUUCUUUCUCUCUCCAGUUUCUUACUCUCACAUUUUAAAUCACCACCAGAAAGUCUGGUUUAUUUAAAGCUAUUAACUUGCCAGUUUGGCAGCAUGCGUAAAUUUGCCACAGGUAUGGUAAAAAUUUGUACUUUUUUGAUUACUUUAUUCCCUCCAUAAUUACUUUUUUAUCAGAAGGGUGGUCUAGAAUAUGAUAGAUUUGCUUUUCUGCAUCCACCUUAGCAGAGAUGGCAAGUCCUGCCAGCAUGGAAGAUUUGAGCUUAACAAUGGGCCUUCCUGGCUAGAUGCGGUGUGACAGACCAUCUGGUCAAAUCCCCUCAUUUUAUAGACUCGUAUAUACUAGAUAUGCCCUUGCUCAGAUGUUGCAAAUUACUUUCAUCACAGCAUCCUUGUAAAUGAGGCAUAAUGCCCGUCAUUUCUGUGCCAAGUCUCCUCUACUGAAACACAAUUCUGAAUUGGUAUGGUUAUCUAGUUUUUUAUAUCCAAACUUAAUUUUGCAUUUGUAAUUCAGAAAUGCUCCAAAUGAAAACAGAAGCGAGCAGAGGAGAGGAGUGGAAGGGAUACUUGCUUCUGCACUUAAAUUCUUUGCUCUACUAGAGGACACCGUCCUGAGGAGCCAUGUGAGCCCCACUGACGACUACAGGUCAUUUUUCCUUCCUCCUGGGUAACUACUCUUAGAAAGCUAUAUCAGAAUCAUAAUGUAAAUAUAGUGUACAGAAAAAUCUACUCAACAUAUUUUCAGUUUUAACUUUCUUAAUAUUUAAAUACUAUCAUUAAAAACCUAUAAAUUUUGUUCAUUCCU